UGCCGCGUCGAGACAAUCUUGACUUGUUUUCAAAUUAAACUAAUUCUAGAAGGGAAUGAGUCAGAAUCUGAAAACAUUUUUGUUAUAAUUUAUGUGAAUGUGAUUGUGAAGUGGUACAGUUACGAGUGCAAAUGUUACGAAUCCAGGCGAAUGAGUUUGGGUUUUGCUAACAUUCCAAAUGCGGGAUCAGGGGACUCUAGAACAGGGGGCAACAGGUCUGGGCUGAUCAAUGGCAGGCAAAUGGAACUCCUUCUGCAGGAUCCUGCAUCGGAGACGAGUCUUCGAACCUGACCAGCUGAAUACAGGAAAUUUGAAGAGAUGCCUCUCAGUAUGGGACCUCACUGCGCUCGGCGUGGGCAGUUCACUCGGCGUCGGCGUGUACGUACUGAUUGGCUCCGUAGCCCGGCACCUAGCUGGACCCUCCAUAAUAUUAUCUUUUCUAAUUGCAGCUGUCGCCGCGAUAUUCGCUGGUAUGUGUUAUGCGGAAUUCGGCUCCAGAGUGCCCAAAGCGGGAUCUGCUUAUAUUUACACUUACGUGACGGUGGGAGAGUUCGUCGCUUUCGUCAUCGGCUGGAAUAUGAUUCUUGAGGCGGUUUUUGGCACAGCAAGCGUAGCACGUGGCCUCAGCAUGUAUGUAGACUCGAUGACGAAUAACACCAUGUCAGUCUGGUUCGAAUCGUUCGCGCCGAUGUAUUCUACAAAUUUUUCGCCGUAUUUCGACUUCUUCUCCUUCUUCAUAGUGAUCAUUCUAGGGGUUCUGCUUGCUUUCGGCGUCCGCGAAUCGACUCUCGUAAACAACGUGUUCACCGCUGUCAACAUCGUGGUCAUCUUGUUUAUUAUCAUCGCUGGGGCGUUCAAAGCGGACGUCAACAAUUGGAGCAUAGCACCGGAACCCACACAAGAGAACGAGGACCGCGGCGAAGGUGGCUUCUUUCCUUACGGUGUGUGGGGGAUGCUAAAAGGUGCAGCGGUGUGUUUUUAUGGCUUCGUGGGUUUUGAUAGCAUCAGCUCAACUGGAGAGGAGGUGCGGGACCCGCGUAGAGCUAUCCCAUUAUCAAUAAUGGGCACCCAAGUGAUCGUGUUUGUGGCGUACGCAGCCGUAGCCACGAUAGUAACGAUGAUGAUGCCUUACUACUUGCAGGAAAAGGUCGCUUCCGUCGCAACCUCGUUCACAUACGUCGGCAUGGACUGGGCGCGCUGGGUCGUUACGGUUGGCGCCAUAGUAGGGAUCACUGCUAGUUUGUACGGUUCCAUUUUCCCCUUACCUCGCUUGCUGUAUUCGAUGGCAUCGGACGGUCUUCUGGUGCAUUGGUUUGCGCGUGUGACCACUAAAAGGAAAUCACCGAUGAUAGCCACAUUAUUGUCGACUAUUAUUAUAGCUAUUUUAGCAGCGAUUUUGGAACUGAACGAGUUAAUUUUAAUGAUGUGCAUUGGAACUCUGUUAUCGUACACCGUAGUCGCGUGUUGCGUUAUUAUACUAAGAUAUCGAUCAGCGAGUGUAUCAGAUUCGAGUUAUGUCAAGCAGAUGUUCGGUCUCGGUCUCAAGGCACCGACUAAAGCCACAUCAUUCAUAAUGAAUACUUCGCUGAUAUUAUUUAUUUGUACGUGUGUAACGUCAGGUCUAGUGAUCCAUCACGUUGAAUAUCCUAUCGUGUACAUAGCGAUACUACACUCAAUAGCGUUGUUUCUGAUCAUCGUCAUGACAAUGCAGCCCCAAUUAAAAGAGGAGUUGACAUUUAAGACUCCCUUAGUACCCCUUGUGCCAUGUUUAAGUAUCUACGUCAACAUUAAUUUAAUGAUGCUGAUUAAACUGCAGACCUGGAUUCGCGUCAUCAUUUGGAUGGCGAUUGGUAUACCAAUUUAUUUCCUAUGCGUAUAUUGUUAUAAGCAAAAUGUUGAAGAUAAUCUUCAAGAUAACAUUAACGCUUGUGUAAAUAUGAAUGUGAACGGGAAAGCACCGGUUCAAAUAUAUGUUGUGUCACCGACGCCUUCUGAUACUAUAUCACGUAGUAACAAAGGAGGAGAUCAAAUUAUAGAACAAGAUGAUCGAAUACAAGUAAUAGAUGAGAAAUCACAAGAGGAUAUCGUUAUUAAUAAAGUUCCGUUUAUAACUGAAGAAGUUAUAAUACAACAUGCUUAUUACGAAGAUAACGAAGAGAAGGAAGCUAAGAUAAUAGAUUUGUUGGAUCAAGUUUUGCAAGCGGAAGAAGAUUCUUAUGCGGAAAUAUUGAGUUUAAAAGAGAGCAAUGAAGAAGAAGAAAACGUUACAAAAGAACAAGAAAACGUUACUCAUAGAAAAUCCUUGAGUGAGUUAUCUGACGCUGGUUCGGAUGCAUCUAUGGGUAAUCAAGUGUUAUCUAAAUAUGAUGUUAUCGCUGAAGUCCACAGAGAAGAUUUGCCAAUAGUUAACGAAGAAGAAGAAAGAAGCGAUAGAGAAGAAACUGAAAUAAAUCAAGAAAAUGACGACAUAAUUGAAUACGAAGACAAUACUGCUUGUAAUGAUAGUGAUACUAAUUCACAAACUGAUGAAUCUGGAUACUCAGAUACUAUCGAUAAAACAGUGCUCUGCGAAUCUGUUGAUAAUUUAAAAGACGACGAACCAAAAAUACCUGUUCCACCGCCUUUAGACGAAAACUAUUUUGCGAAUCCAUCUUUCAAAAAAUCCUAUACUAUAUCAGUGAGGCCACCUAAACCUAGAACAGGAGAUUCGGAAGAAGAAGGUAAAAUCAUACCUAGAGCAAGUGUUCAAUCUAAUUCUUCUUAUGAUGAUACACCGAUGGUGUUUGGAAGUGAUAAGCAAAUGAGUUUUAUGUCGAAAUUGAAUAAUAUAUUUCAAAAUAAAAUAGCGUCUGAAAAUGACGAACAAACUCAUAGAAGAAGAUCUAAUUCUACGGGUAAUCCUAUCGAUAAUACCGAACUUGCGUCUUAUAAAAACCGACCUUCAAUAUUUUUCGAUCUGAAAAAAGAAAUAACAUCACAAAAAGCGGCACAAAAUUUACGUCCUGUAAAUGUAGAAACUAUUAAGCAGCAAGAAACCGAUGAUGAGGAUACAGACACAAGUCUAAGUCGAGAAGAUUUAAAAUCAAAAUUAGAGACUUUAUUUGCAGCAGGAGGUCCAAAGUUAUCUAAGUCUAGAAUUAUGAAAUCAAAUCCACCGACACCCGAAGAGUCUUAUCAAACCGACACGUCUAGUACUGAAAGCAUACCAAAUAUGCCCAAAAUAGAGAAAAACGAUACGUUAGGAAGGCAAAGGACAAAGUUUGGUGAAGUUUUGAAUUCAUUUCGAUUAACUCUAAACAAGGAUGAUAACGUGUGACGGACGUUAAAGAAAUAGAGGAAAAUACAACGAAACAAACUAAUACGUGGACGAGAGGUAUAAUAUGAGAUUCGGGUGCAUGAACCUAGUCUUAUGUAUAAGUGCCUUACUUAAAAUAAUUUUUUUAAUAAUUUUUGAAAGUACUUUUUAAAUUGAUACUUAAUAUUACUAUUUAACAAUCGAAUUCUAGUUAAGCAAGUCAAAUUUUCGUAACAUCAGCUAAUAGAACCAUUAAAUAUUGUAAAGACUGAAGUUUCAUGUAAUAAUAAAAAAAUCUGUUAGUCUUACCCUAUCGUCAUUUUUAGUUUACCUUUAAGUAUAUAAAUUAUGACUUAGAAUUAAACAAUAUUGAUAAGACAA